AUGACAAGCAAGAGUUGCGGCGACCGAGGAUGGAUAGUAUGCCAGGAGCUGGAAACUGCGAAGGCAUAUCACCUGUCGUCUCGCGUCGUCUCGCGCCACGUCCAAGUUAGCUCAAUACCACUACCGUCUCCACCCUUUGGCAUUCAUUCGUUUACUGGCUAUACUACCUACCUCUCAUGGACGGGCCACGCGGCCGUGGCCGUGGCCGUGGCCGUGGCCGUGGUCGCGGUGGUCGCACAGCACCAGCAGGACGUCCCACAUCAGGAAAGUGUGCAAUUUCUGAAGAGCGUGGCAUGUAGGCGGGUGUUCACCAACCAGCUCGAGCAGAUCGUCGAGAUCGUUGGCACGGGCAUUGGGCGCGUGAACACGACGCACCGGCAGCAGCACGAUCGCGCUGUGCAGAACGCGCAGCUCGCCGCUUUGCGCCACGAGGAGGAGGUACAUGUCCGGGAGCGCAUCUGCGCGGAGACGUGGCACGACGGACGCGUGGACUGCAUCACAGGGAACGGCGUGAUGAGCGAGUUGGGCGUGGGCGAUGAUGUAUUCGAUCACGACUCGGAGGAGGAGCUACACAUCGUCAGCGCUGUGUCGAGGGGCGAUGUUAUUGGGUCUGAUGCAUCUGACCAUCAGUAG